AGAACUGUGGCUAGCCGUGACGUCACUCACGUACCUUCUUGUUUCAGCUUGAGAACUAGAAAUGGUGAAUCUGUUUACAAGAUGCUAGCUAGAUCAGUUAGAUGUUUGUCUGUGUAGGCUACUCCUAUUUCUCAAAAAGCCUAUUGGCUAGAAAUACUUGACCCUUGGUUGCGGUUACAAGGACUGUGGGUGGCUUUGGGAGUCUUGGAAAACAUCAACUGUGGCCGAAGUACCUACUUUAUCAACUGAAGUCUGCUCUAUUUGGAGUCAAGGAUAUUCUACAAGAUAGUCACAAGCAUUUUUGGAGCAUAGUUUUUACAAUGAGUGGCAUACCAGCUGAUUCAAAGCCUAAUACAGGACUGGCUAGCUCUCUGUCCAACAUCUUCAAGUUGGCUGAUGUCAAUGGUCUCAAGUGGGUUCGCUAUGUAGGCCCUAACAGCGUUAACCUGGAGGCACCAAAGGACGACCCAGUCUUAAACUCUUAUGCUAAACUUCUCAACGAAGGGUAUGCGUGCUCAUGGCGACGACUCAGCCCGUCCACUGACGGCAAUAGUGGUGAGUCCAAGGACCUGUGGGUGUUCUACUUCACCGAGUUGCCGGACAUCUCUGACAAACUGGCCGAGGGGUUAAGGGAGGAUGGGAACGGGACGUGGGACGAAGGCAUGACCCCGGAGUCAAGUACAAUGCUGUAUCGAUCACUGCAUAACAUCAUUGAGAGGUCGCUCAUGAGUGAGACGUUCCUUCCACUGGGCAAGUGGUUUGCCAAAGCUGACUCUUCCGUGGCCACUGACGGAAGCUCGCGUGGGUGUUUUUUGUGUAGUUUCUCCUUUUUUGUACACGCCCACCGCUACAUCUGUGCCAGUGUAGACAUGCGUGCGGGACCACACCUCCAGCCCCUCCUACCCUCUCACAUCAACCAGGCACUCGCUUCCUCGACAGGGCUGCAAGUGAUCUUGAGCCCGAGUGGUCUGAAUGCUGUGAUGACAGGCCACACCUACAAGCUAUCGGACAGUGGCAUCAGAGAGGUGCUGGACGAGUGGAAACUGUUCUACCCUCAACGAUUUGCUGUAGACCCCUCCCCCAACUUGCCGGCCGCCAUCGAGGUCGUCCUGGGCGGAGUCCGGAUGAGAUACCCUUCACAGUUUGUGUUCAUCUACCACGGGUGUGAGGAGCCACGCCCCAGCCCACCCCCCUCCAGUCUGGACCAGAGGAGUCUCCUUGACUCCAUGCAGGCGAGUUGGGACUCGGCCGGAUGCAUCGACGCUGUGCAGCAACAGAAAGAGAUUGCUUUCUGCAAAUGUCAGGACCAAGUACCUUCCAGAGGCAACCGACGUUCCUCCGCCCAUCUAGACCUGCCUCUCCGUACGGGGACCCGCAGUAGCAGUCGGUACGAGCCCUACCCCAGUGGUCGAACGAUGAGGGAGCUGGCCACCCCUGGCACACUGCAUCUGGCUAACACGCCCAUCCUAAACAUCAAGAGGAGGCUCAGCAAACCAGGCCUGCCUAUGUAUGCGAACCCUGACCUCUCCUCGCCAGCAGUGCCACGCCCACUAUCUCCCUCUCCCCACUCUAAGGCAUCCAGUUUCGGCUUGGCGACCCGUGGUGCCCCCCUCCCCACCAUCAGUCUCUCGGUAGCUGCUUCUCUCGCCUCCUCCCACACUGCUGGACAGACGUUCACUACCAGUCACAAGUCCUACGACAAGUCUCUGUUCACGUCCUCUCAAGGCUCUACCCGUUCGAACAGCGAGCAGCUGUCUGAGCAUGGAGGAGGGUCACGGGAACACAGCUGGUGGGACUCUCUCAAUCUGCCUGAGAGUGCGGAGUCGCUGCUGAGUCUGCAGUUGCCGUUGGAGGCGAGACCCACAGUGGGCUCACCCAGUAACCCAGCAACCCACUCACCAAGGAAGAGUGUCAGUGGUCAUGCUCUGCCGUACACUCCGCUGUCUGGCAGCAAGAUGGUGGGUGGUGGUAUUGGCGGGAUAAAGAUGGAGGGACAAGAACUGCCAAUGAACGGCCUACCUGAGUGGUUGCCCUCCCCUACAGAUGACCACACCACGGGAAGGACUGACUCGUUGCUAGGAGGUUUCUUUAAUGGUGGUGGGCUCCAGUUGGAAUCAGGGAUAAAGCCUAAGGGCACUAUCGACCUCAUCAGUGAGCAGGCCGUGCUCAUCGACAGCAGCUGUCCCCAGGACUUCCUGUUUGCUAGCGAUGAGGAGGACGAUGGACAAGAAGGCUCCCAGCUGGGGCUUAGUAAUGGCAGGCUGGACAGGGAGGAAAGGAUGGACACCUCACGGCACACCAGAGGAGUCAAGGCAUUCACUGUUGUUGACGCGGCUGAGUUGUCUCGUAUCUAUCCUACCCCUCCCUCAGUGAAUCUGCCCGAAUCUGAUUCCAAAUACGAGGAGAUAAAGGUUGAGGAGAGGAUGGAGGUUUGUGGGACUACUGCUGUCUGGGAUAACAAUGCUGGUCUGUGUGAUGACUUGUACGUGCCCCCUGAGUUUGAGCCUCUGCCCCUCUCCGACCUUCCCAGUCUUGCAGAGAAACUAGCGGACCGUUACAUCUACACGCCCACCACCUCGUCCAAUGGAGACACGGGCUCCUCCUCUCAGUCUGUCGGAUCUGGAUCUGAGACCAGCUCUAGCAAAACUGGUAGCAGUUCCCAAUCUGAGCCUCAAAAAUUCAUCUUCCCUCCGGUGAUGGGCAAUAGUAGGGCUUCCAUCCGAGACUCGCUCACACUCCCCCUCACCACGGCACAGAAACGCCCACACAUGUACACCCCACACACCCUCACAUCUUCUCCAGCCUACCCACACCCGAAAGCACCGUCACGCUUUCCUCUCCACAUAACUACGCCCUCUAUGACCCCGUUAGCCUCUCCAUACGACCCAUCAAUAACACCCACCCCCCUCUCCGCAAACACAAAUCGUCUAAUGCCCGUCCUCCCCGAAGCACAUGCUCUGUACGUCAAUCUCUCUUUACUCGACGCGGCACUCGGUACAAAUUUCUCGGAAAAAAUGCAAUUCAGUGCCGGACCUCUAAUGUCGACCAUACAAAGCUUUCUAAUGUCCAAGAGAAGACUCAAACUGGACAGUGUGGCAGAUAUUGGAGGUAUGGACAGUACCAUGGGCUCUACAUCGGAACUGAUGGGGUAUCAGGAGGAGAAGCCGAUAAUGACGUUUGGUAUCGCCGAUUAUCCGAGCCUCGGUUUCCGGGAGGAGCUUGGUGUGAGUGGAGGGGGCGGCGGUGGUGGUUGGGACUCGCCACUGGGUGUGAUGUCGAAGCUGUUGCCUGAGAGCAAACCUCGUGGGCCGAGUGUGUCUAGUGGAGCUGGCGACCCGAUGGAGCCUGAUAGUGCACACUCUCUCAAAGUAAUCAAGUUUGUGGAACUACUCCAAGACUACUGCCUCACGCUUUGCUCCAACAGUCUCCAUGACGACCAGACCACACCCACCAGUCACACCCUCUCUCACGGACAGAGCCAACUUCUGCUACAACUACUCGAAAAAUCAGAAGAGAUCCACGAGAAGCUAUCUAGUCGACUCUACCAUUCACACAGUGUGGUGUCCGCCAUUAGAAAUUCCAACCAGCUCAUCGUGAACGCGGGUAGGAAGCUGGGAGGGGGCGGAGGAGGGCAGCUGGCCAACAAACCAACCAUCUCCAAGGAGGAUAACUCAGGUGCUUGGAUACUGGACCUGCUCACCCUGCCCACCAAGUUUAUGACCAAGAGACUCAAGGAUCUACGCAUGGUCUUUCAGAACUCGUUCCAUCACGCCCCCUGUCUCAAGUUCACUACCAAGGGACCGUUGUCACUCAAAGACCUCCAACUACUCACUCCCAGUCAAACUGCCAUUGGAGACGACUGCCUCCCACUACCCCUCCCCCCUGUGCUGGUGGGCUACGACCACGACUGGCUCUCAGUCUCGCCACUAGCACUACCUGCAUGGGACAAGCUAUUGUUUGAGCCCUACUCACUCAAGAAGAGUCUGCUCUACAUGGUGGUGGUCCCUCCCUCCAUCUCAUCACAUGACAUUGUACCAGUGCUGCGCAAGUACUUCAAGGAGCUGUCCAUCACGUUCAAGAACUGUAACCUUGGUCAGCACGUUCCCCUGGAGGAAGGGGUGGGUGAAGGUGGUAUAGUGCUCCUCUCUUCUCAGUCUGACACCACUGCCGGGGGAUCCACCACCACCGACCCAAACACGGACACUAGACACUCUGCUGCAAAUGUUCAACUGAAGAGGUUCUGUAAAAAAGUCCUGGUCUCGUUUCUCUCCAACCUCCCUACGAGUGACGAAGAGCUCCUUUCCACUCGUGUCAAUUCUCCACCACAAGAAUACCCCUCCUCCACCCACCCACUCACGCCCCCCACACCUGUCUCUGUAGUACUGUACGUCCUCUGCGAUAACCCCUUGGAUGCCAGCAACACAGCUGACAAGAAGUUCAACUCCAAGCUCACCAAAUUGAAAAAUUCGAAGACAAUGCAGGAAAGCUUUCAGGUGUUGCUGACAUUUUCUGAGCUACUCUCCAGUGAAGAUGUUCCAGAGUUUAUUCAGAGGAAGCUGGUACUACAGUUGAUAGACCCUAAGGACCUCUUGGGUCCAUUCAGUUGUCAAGGUGGCCAGCUGCGCUCACUGGCAUUCUCCGUCUACUCUCGCUGCACCUCUGAAAUUGCGUGUGAUUUGUCCGAGAGCCUAACAUCAUUCGGACCCACUGCUGAACGACAAAAAGUGGCACAUUUGUUCAACACCCAUCAACUGCGUUCUCCACCGUUUGUGCUCUCUCCUGAGGCCCCGCUGAGUGCCCUUGGGCCCAUAGUCGGCACACAAACCCAUCACAUCUUGUUUGACCCAGAUGAGCCAGUUCUGUUCUGUGGCUAUUGUGUCUCUCCUGACCGGAGGUGGCUCUUGGUGGUGUGCUGUGACCGACAGGGGGAGCUGCUCAACACAGCUGUUCUUGGUAUCCCAGCUUGUCUCAAUAUUGACCAGAGUUGCUCGCUGGCUCUCAAACAGCUGUGGGACUACGUUGUCUCUAUAGUAGCGGGCACUGUGCACAAGUGGAGCGUGGUCAUCACACGGUUUGGAAAGCCCAGCACCUCAGAAAUCACACAUUGGCCUACGAUCAUUCCCAACGAUGGCCUCAUCAUUGUCAACCAGAGCAUGCGUCGAGACUGUAGCACAUGUAAGAUGAGCUCCUCUUCCAUUCCGAGGAUCUCCAAUGUCAUCGUUAUCUCUGUGCAGCCAGAGAGAAACAUACAGCUCUUCCCAAACAACGAUCCCAACCCCUCGGUGACACACACUAUGGUGCUCCCACAAGACCCCCGCGGUGCUAGCUCCACCCUCACACCCGGUGCCACAGAGACAGGUCCUGAUGAUGAUUUCUUCAGUCUCACCUUCGCUGCACCCGGGGACAGUGCAGGGGGACCAGACAUGGACACUGGUCUUGACAUGACAGCUGGCAUUGACUUCGGAGCUGAGCUAUCUGGUAUAAACGUUUUUGACGAGCUUACCAAGAGCCAUCCGUCGUACACCAUACCAGUGGAUGAUACGGGGCCCAAAGCCACCGGGUACCUCAUAUCUACCGCCCCUCCGGGAGAGUUGCCAAACGAGUUUUGGGGACAUGAAAAGCCGCAAAAUUUCUGCUCUAUUUUCAAAGUACUGCUCCACUGCCAUAGAAUCCCUCUAGAGAGAACAGCAGACAGUCCACAAGAGACUUUAGGGUCCAUCCUGUUGUGUUUUGAUGCUCUCUCCUGGCUAACCAUGGAUCAUGUCACUCAUCAGAGGAAGUCCUGCCUACCACUGCACUUGUUUACACUCUCAAAGCUCUAUCAACUGUUCGCUCUGCUGGACCAGCCCAGAUAGUGCAUGGCUUUUUAAUAGAGACUAUAUAUUAUUAUUGUUGAAUUAAUGUCAAGUUUGUUUCAGGAGAACUCUUGUACAGUUUACUUGUAAAAAGAAGUGAUUUACGAUUUUUUUUCUCUGAAGCUGUGAGCUUUUGUAUUUGUCUACUGUUCAUAAUAAUAAUGUCAUUUUUUCAUG